AUGGAGCGGUUCCUGUGGCUCGCGUUGGUGUUGCUCUCGGCGUUGGGCGUCUGCGCUGGGGAAUCUCCCGUGUUCGUACCCACUGGCAAUAACGAUGCUGCUUUGCUGAGGUCUGGUCAGCAAUUCGAGGAAUUCGUGGAGAACGCGACGUUAUCCGCGGCCACCUCGGGCUGCGGCCUGUGCCAGCAAACAGGCCAGUGCGACCAUGCGUUUCGCGGCCAACCGGGUCAAUUCUGCGUCGGUAUGGCGUCUGGUGCUCCGUGCUGCUGUCCAAGAGAUGCCCAGUGCGCCGCAAGCCCGUACGAAUGUCGCUGUCGCCGUGCGGUACCCACUUACCAUUACGGGGGCGAUGACUACCAUCCAAGUUCGCACUCGAGUGGCGUAUCUGGCACCUUCAUUUUCUUCGUAUUGUUGCUGCUCUGCUGCGUGUGCUGCUGCUACCUGCCAGCGCGUCGUGCGCAGCAGGAGAGAGAAGAACAAUAUGUGUACGCACAAUCCGUUGAAGCUACAAGCCAAUACGGCACGUACGCUGGCCAACAACAGCAGGCUCCUUACGCCUAUGCCUCGGCUCCUGUGGCGUAUGAAUCGUCUCCCUAUCAUGAGAAUCGUGGAGGUGGCAAUACAAUGGCUGCUGGAGCACUCGGAGCGCUGGGAGGAUUGGGCGUUGGCGCUGCGUUGGGUUCCAUCUACGGUGGCCACAACAAUAACAACAGUAAUUACAGCGGCGAUAUGGGGGCUGUUUCCGACAACACGUACACUUUCAGUGGAGACACAGGGGGCGGCGACUUUGGCGGGGAUAGCGGCGACGACGGCACCUUUGCGGGCGACUCGUGAUGAAGAUUCACAGCGAGAAUGGGAUUCAAUGAAGGCAAGUGGCGCUACACGUCGUACUCAAUACUACUACAUAGUACUAUACAUGUAGUAGCUACAAGCCUAACAACCAACAACGUAGUAAAAGUGUACUUGUUGCUCAU